GAAUUGGUUUUGAGGGUUAGGUUAGAGUUACAAAAUGGCGGCCCGGAGUGUGUUCGGUGCAGUUCCACCGGCGUUCUCCGGUUGAGCGGACGAUUCGUCUCACUGUCGCACACAGAGAGACCAGGCCCCCGAGGGACAUGGUGUUUGAGACUCUGGGCUUGCUGAUCACCAAGUCCUUCGAGAAUCUCGCCGCACCGGAAGCGACCAGGCGCGCUCAGCCGGCGACCAGCCGCCGCUUUAGCUCCGAGCGCCGCGGCCUCGACCUCGCACCUGCUGAUCCACGCGCAUCCACGCUUCGCCGCGCCCACAUCCGAGCGAGUCCUGCGGCCGCUGCCCCGGAGGUUUGAAAAAAUGGCCAAAAGAAUUGCUGAGAAGGAAUUGACAGAUAGGAACUGGGAUCAAGAAGAUGAAGCAGAAGAGGUGGGAACAUUCUCAGUGGCCAGUGAGGAAGUCUUGAAGAAUAGAGCCAUAAAGAAAGCAAAGCGUAGAAAUGUUGGAUUUGAAUCUGACGCUACUGGAGGCGCCUUUAAGGGCUUUAAAGGUUUGGUUGCACCGUCUGGAGGAGGGGCAUUUUCUGGAUUUGGCGCCGGUGUCAGUGCUGGACCGAGGCCUUUGGAAGGACUGUCGAAUGGAAACAGCAUAACCAGUGCCCCUGCCUUCUCCAGUGCAGGGGCCGCGACCGAGACCAAGGCCACCUUUGCAUCCAUUGCUGCCAAUGGCCCUACUUCUUUGGUCGAUAAAAAGAGUGCAAACCCCAAAACUAACGGGGACAGCCCGCAGCCCUGCUCCUCUGGCCUGACCUCCAGGGCAGCCCCCCACCGGAACGCCUACCACAAGCAGCUGGCAGCCUUGAACUGCUCCGUCCGGGACUGGAUAGCGAAGCACGUGAAUGCCAACCCGCUCUGCGACCUGACACCUGUCUUUAAAGACUACGAGAAGUACUUGGCAGGUAUUGAGGAGGAAGGCGGUGUGGGUGCCAGCGGCCCCGAGAGCGAGCCCAGCAAAGCACCAGCUGCAGCCCAGCCUCCCUCCCUGUUUGCUUCAGCGAAGGUACAGCAAGAGUCAACGUUUCUGUUUCACAGUAACAGACCCGAGGGGACGUCGGAAAAGAUGGAGGCUGGACCUGACAAGAAAGUCGACGCCCCCCUCGGAGCAACAAGUGCCUCGUUCAACUUCGGCAAGAAAAUCGAUAGUUCUGUUUUGGGCUCCUUGAACUCUGGCCCCGUGACUGGGUUUUCGUUUACUGCGGGAAACUCCAGUUUAUUUGGCAAAGAUGGUCCUCAGAGCAAACCGGCUUCUUCACCAUUUUCCACUAAACCGUUGGAGAGCCAAGCAGGUGGCGGCAGCAAUGACUGCAAAGGUGGAGAAGAAGAAGAAAGUGAUGAGCCGCCCAAAGUGGUAGUUACUGAGGUCAAAGAGGAAGAUGCUUUUUACUCCAAAAAGUGUAAACUAUUUUACAAGAAAGACAACGAAUUUAAAGAGAAGGGUGUAGGUACUCUGCAUUUAAAACCCACAGCGAAUCAGAAGACACAACUUCUGGUGCGGGCAGACACCAAUUUAGGCAACAUAUUGCUGAACGUUCUGAUCACACCCAACAUGCCGUGUAGCCGCACAGGAAAAAACAACGUGCUCAUUGUGUGCGUCCCAAACCCCCCCGUGGAUGAGAAGAACGCCUCCGUCCCGGUCACCAUGCUCAUUCGGGUGAAAACAAGCGAGGACGCAGACGAACUGCACAAACUUAUCCUGGAGAAGAAGGACGCCUGAGCUCGCUUCGACAGCGGAUCGUUGCCAAGCUGCUGCUUCCCACCUUCAACUUAGUUCUCUUCUCACUUGGACGCUCUAAGAACUUUUAGAUAACUUCAAACUUUUGCAAGGAAGAUAAAUAUGGCCAAUAAAACCUUUAAUGUUAAGUGUCAAGAAACUAUUCUCUCCCUUCCUGAGAACUGUCUAAUGUGUAAAAUACAUUUGAAAGAAAUUUUUGGAAAGAUUUUUAAUAUCCAUUUAUUAACCUGACCACAAGUGAUUUCUUAACGGACUGAAAUCAGGGUAGCGAUUAGAUUUCCCAAAGGCUCUUCCCAUCCUGGGUGUUUGGCGAGGCUUCCCGCCGGUGCCGGUCCGAGGAAACGCGCCAGAGGCGGUCGUCUCGCCGGUGGGCUCGGCUGACCUGAGGACAGCGCUCUUCCCGAGUGAGCCACGCUGCUGCCACGCUGUGCCAGAUGCUCCCCCCCCCUGCUCGCUUUUAUCUAGUGUGACCUGCAGCUGCGCUGUGAGUACCAACUUCACCUUCGGCAUCCGAGCCCUUGCCUUCCGCAGACGGUGGCAUCGCGCCCCGUAGCUGCUGUACUGUGAUUCGGGGACUGCUUUUUCAUUUAAAAGGAAACAAGUAGCUUGUUCUUUGGUCUUGUAGUUUUAUUCAGGAGGUGCUGUCACUUCACUGUCCCCCUCAUGACAUGGGACAGAGGGGGAUUGCCAGGAAUGAGGUUUAAAAGCACAAAUUUGGUAUUUUACAGUUUGUAAACCGUGGACAGUAAACCCCAUGAACAAGAAAGUUAAGUCCGAGUUAAACCACACCAGAAAAGGAGCGAAUAUGCUUUAUCUGUGCUGUGGCGAGCGCUACGGAUCUAAAACCUUACUGCUUAAUAAUGGGCUGUGGUCACCCCUGAGCCAUGUGUGUGAGCCAGGAAGCACGCACUCAGGUAGUGGAGGAGAAACUAUGUGCACGUGUUGUCUUGUACGUAGGCAGCAGGAAAUUCGGUUGUGAUCUGAAAUUUCCAUUUACUUUUUAAAGAGAUUAUUCGGUAUGUUCAUUUGGAAGGGAGCCAUGGUUUGCAGGAGAAUAUCUGUGUCAGUUCCCCACAGCUGUGAGGUACCCAACACCAGCAUGUUUGAAGAUUAGGCACAUGCUUAGAUGGAGAUUUUAAUGUGUAACGUCCAUUUUUCAUCCUUCAUGAGUCACUUCCUGCUGGUACCAGAUGACCUUGUGUAAAGGCUCAAAGUCAGUGCCUGAGGGCUCCCAGUUGGAUGUCCCAAUCUCCAGUACGGAAUGGCUUCUGACUUAGAGGAGAGGCUUCAAAAUAAUUGUGGAUAGUGUAGUUGCUAUUUAAAAAAAAACAAUUUUUAGAUGUCAAGGGGGUGAGCAGACUCAUGAUCAAGUAUGUUAACUGUUAAUUACCUGAAAUCAGUGUUUAUCAUGAGAUUCUCAUACUGCUCUUUUUUGCUUCCAGUGGGAGAAUUGGGCCUAGUGUGACUUCAGAUAAGUACAGGCAGAGAGCUGUGCUCGCACUAUUAAGGGGCGUGGUCAAACUCGGCUUGUUGGGAGACCUAGGGAGAGGUGGCAGUUACUUUUACAUCUGUUUAGAAUCGAGAUUAUUCAUGCACUUCGGUUACAGAUGGUUUAUAAUCAAGUGAUCAAUUCGGGUACAAUAAUGCAGCCCUGCCCUGUCCACGUUAGGGUUAUCCAGCUGUGAGGAUGAGGAAAUACAGGGGAUCAAAUUGCAAUGUGACAGCUUAGCCACGAGCUCCCACGGUCGCGGCGGGAAUAGAAAUCUCAGGCCUCUCUGGGGACACAUCCGUGUCGGUGGCUUCUCGUUCUUCAUUGGCCUUCACAUGUACAGUGGGACGUUCAGGGAAAGGGGCACAGAAAGAUCGUGAUCCGAUUACCUUUAACACCCCUGUAAAAGCGGUUUACAUCUUUAAAUUAGUGGGUAUGUGUGGCUUUCUGUUUUCCUAACAUUCCCAGCAAAUCCUUGCUGCUAAAACUGUCACUGUUAAAGUGAAAAUUACAGGGAAAAACGUGAUGUGUAUAUACCAUAACUCAAAAUGUGAUUAUUUUCGUAAAAUCAUUCUUACCUUUAGGAACUUGUUGGUCUCCAAUUAUGUAUUAGUAUAAAAGAGCCUAAGUAUAUGUGGGUUUUACUGUAAACUCUCAAUCCUUGUAUGUUACUUGCGGGGGGGUGGGGGGGCCUUGGCCCCUGGAGGGCUUACCUUUUCUUCCCGUGUAUUAUUAAUAGCUAAACCCUUGCCCAUGGGUUUAUUUUUAACAAAUUAUUAGAAAUUAGGCUUUAAACUGUGUCAUGUGGACUGAACUUUUCAUUUUGGGUUUACAAAUCUCUAGUGUACCCUGUACACGCCUGUCAUGUAAGGUGUGUAUAGCUUCAUUCUGAAUCAGGCAGUGCUGCAUCUUGGCAAAUACUGAGCGUCCCAGCGGCCUGUUUUCAAACUGGCGGGUCAGCCCUUGCUUGUGAGCAUCCCCAGCAGGCAGACAACGACUGUUGCGCCGUCUUCGUUAUUAGAGUUACAGACUGGAAAUGUGUCGUUUUUAAAGUUUAGGUUGUGUUUCCCAUGGAAGGCCAAGGCUGACUGCUUAUGGACUGAUUUUCUUUAAAAGGAUGAUUGUUUGAGCAUUUCAAUUCUAACUCAUGUUUUUGAUAUGCCGCAUGCCAAAAAUACUUACCUAAUAUCAGAGCUCAGAAAAGCUUUCACUGAGAACACCGUUUUGGUUUAGUUUUCAAGGUAAAUGAGUUGUUUGUGAGCAUUUUUCAGUUGUUACAGCUCCAAACAGUCUCAUGUAAGUAAGCACAGUGCACUUGGAGGCCUUGGUAAUAAAUGGCUCGCUCCCACUCCCGAGUACCCAUCCUCGUUCUAGAAGUGAGGCUUCACGGGAACGGUGGCAGGUGACGGGAGCCCGUGAAACUGGUCUGCCCUGGUGUUCCCUGCUUGCGCUUGUGAACUUGGCCAGGUGCGCUCAUGAUAAGGACUGACGACCCCAUUGGAUGCAGCGGAGAUGUAAAACUUUUUAGCAAUCAAGUGGAUACAUUGUUUGCUUUCUAUUUUAAAUAGGAAAUUGUUUUUUAAAACUUAAAUACUUGAAUUGUCAGACAAUGUAAUCUCAGUUUGUAUUCGUUUUUGAAUGAUCCCAUUGAGGAAGUGUAACAAUCCAUAAAAUGUGAAUAAAUGGAAAGUAAACAAAA